CUAUGUAGCGAAGCAACGUGAUGUGUGUGAGUGACGUCACACGUCACGUUGCGCUGCUUAGUUACGCGUCCUGGCUGCUGUUGACAAGAAGUAGAGCUACAAGACCGUUCGCUGUCCCAAGCCCUAUAGAUGCGGCCCCGGCAGCCUCCCCGCUGUCCGCCAAUGAGUUUACUUAUCCAAUUCACCGCUCGCCUUCCGUAGAUACCAACUUCACUCCUUCAGGAGAAGAAAACAUGCAAAGCCAACAAGCUCCCUCAUUCGCAAACCAAAAAACACAUCUGGAAAUAAACUUGGAUGAUGAAAGACAGGAGCUGCUUGAAGAACAAAAAUUAUGUCGAAUACGAGCGCAAAAAUUAAGCAUAGAGACGAAUCGGCGAAGAAAAGCCCUGGCAGAGAAACGCCGAGAGGAGGAAGUGAAGGAGCAGAGAUUCAGAGAGACUGUCCUCCAGCAGAGGAAGCAGAAAUUGCAAGAAGUGACAGAGAAGUUCCUACGCGCUCACCUACCGCCUUCACAGCGUCGGAGAACAGCUUAUGUUAUUCAUAAAAAGCCCACCCCAAAGCUGGAAGAUGCUCUGAAUCAGAUUCAAGGAUCAGUUACCCCAUCAUUCUAUUAUUUAUCGAAUAACACGCAUCCAAGCCAUACCAGAAAUACAGAUACGCCCUCAAGCAUAUCAAGUGCAGGACAUGGGACCUGGCAUAAAAAGCAACAGUCAGCCACAAAGUUGGGAUUUGAAAAGACUUUUCAAGAAAAAAGUGCCAUUCAUCUGGAUAGCAAUCAACUUUACUUCCAGCACAGACUGGAGGAAGCACAGCGUCUCCUUGAAGAGCAGCAUCUGAGCAACCUAAAGAACUUCCACCGUGAAGUAGAACACCUCGCCCGUUCUGAAAGUCUGUCAAGCGUGGACAGCCUGGAAGAAGAGAAAGAAGUUAAAACAGAAGAAAACAUUGCAGCUAUAAACUUACAGAAUGCUUUUUCAGCAAUAGAUCUUUUUCCUCUGAAUAAUGUCACUGUGGAAGCGUCUAAUGAAUAUCAAGUUCGUGAUGAAAAUGUGUCUGCUUUGAAUGGUCUGAGUCAUACUACACCUAAUCCCUUAUCGCCUGACAGAAUGGCAACAAAUAUAAUGUUAUAUGACCAGGAUCCAGAUGUUCUGAUUGGUCAUAUGCAGAAGGAUAUAAUGACUAACGCUUUUACCCAGAAUGGCAUUCUAUUUCCACAAAAGCCACCGAUUGCUUCUACUCAAAACAAAGAGAAUGUUCGAGAAAAAACUAAUCCUUGGACUGCUGUGUCUGAACAUGACAGCAGAGAACACUCAUUAAAAAUUUUAGCUAAACCAACCAAUGCUUGGGGCACUCCGGAACCCACACCCAAUGGAGUCGUUCAGACCUUAGUGCCGCAGGAAAAGAAAGACCCAACGCAACCAUCAGAAAAGCCCCCUAUCACAAGUCAACCUUUCACCACUCCUAUAGUCAUCUCAUCCACUGAAUGGGUUCCUUAUUUUCAGGGUGAACAUAAAAGCGAUAGACAUCCGGAAGAAAUGUUUUACGUUGCCAGUGCGGGUAAUGGGGUAGAAACAAACAAUACUGAAAUGCGACACGGGCAACAUAAGAGUGUAGAAACUCCUAGUGAGAAGUUAUCGGUGCAAGAAAGUUCACCUAUAUUUACACCCAUGUGCAGUAACAAUUCCAAAGGCACAGAGAAUCCGCCACAUCUUCCUUUACGAGAUAUGCAAGUUGGUUUCCCUUCACAGUGUAAAAAGGCAAAAAUCAACCUCUCCGGAAAAGAUGAAAAACGUUUUUUAAAAGGCAUUUUAAAGAAAGGUUCAAAAUACGAGCUUGGCUACAGCAGAGCCUUGGGCAUCAGCAAAAUAUUACAGACUGGUGACGCAGGUACAAAUGCUAUCCGGGACAGCAUUGAACUCGUCAAAGAAAAAGAGAAUAAAAAAACAGGCAAGAAAAAACUAAGAUGGUUAGAUGAGAUUGAUAAAAUAAUGACUGAAAAAGAGGCGAGCAAUGUGGAGAGGAAUGUAAGUGCUUCACCCAAGUCAAACAUUGAACAUUCUGAGAGUUUGGGUCAUCAAGUGGGUGACCCGGCACCUUUCGGUUCUACAGCCGAAACAGAAAAAAUAUCCAAUGGGCAUUGUGGCUCUGUGCAUUCCACAGGCUUCCAUGUUGCUAAACAAGCUUGGCAGGCAAGUAAAGGUUUGGAAACCAGUGCAACAGAUUGUAAUAAUAACAGACAUGUACCCAAAGGGAAGACAAAAAUCAUACGGAGACCAAAAUCUGCAAAGAACCAAAGUUCUGUUCUGCACAAACAUAGAAAGGGAACGAUAAUCCGACCACAAUCAGCUAGUGAGGCAAGCAAAAUUGUUAGAUCUCAGGGAAAAAUAAUGAUGCCCCGUCCUCCUCCAAGGCCUGUCUCAGGCAAAGUAAAUAACCCCACUGUAGCCAACAGCACUCUUCAGAGUCAAAAUCGUUCCCACAGUGGGAAUAACAUGAUGCUACCAUCCAAUCUGGUUGUGGCAAAGGAUGUUGGUACCUUUCAAGGUUCAGCACCAUCUGCAGGAAAUCUGUUGGCUGCAAAUCCCUACAAUUCGUCUACUUGGGAACCUAGCACAAAAUCGGCGAUGACUUUACAAGAUAGCCUGCCCAUGUCUACUAAAAGAUACCCCGUAUAUGGGGAAAAUGGAAUACGCUUGGAUCAUACCCCGACUGAUGAUGAAAUUGCUGUUCUGUGGCAAGGAGUACGUACAGCAUUAACACACAAACAUUCUGGAACAGGAACUUUCCAACCUGGUGAUCAGCGGCCGAGCAUGCAGCCGACACGGACUAACUUAUCACAUGUUAUUAUUGACGGGGGAAAUCUGCUGACUAAUAUGAAAUCGUUUUCUAGAAUAAAUGGAUAUUUCUCACCACCCACAAAUGGUCACCUUGCACUUACGCGGAGAAAACAGAUCUUAGACAACAACGAAAACAAGCACAGGGCACUGAUGGAACAGAGGCGGAUGAAUCCAAACUCUACAAACUGGCGGCAUCUGCAGACUGAGAAUGAGCACACACUGAAGAUAAAUCCGUUGGCGAGUGCACGAGAACCAGUGCCGUCAGCAUUUAGUCAUUCCGGUGAAGUUUCAGAGAGCACAGCUCAGUUUAUGCUGGCUGAGGACCUGGUGGAAACAUCUGCCACCGAAGGGGAAAUUCUAGCUGAGAUACAAGCUAUGUCAUCCAGCAGAAAAGGCCUUCAGAUGCACAAAGGUCCUCAUGGUACAUGUCUUAGUGCUUUGUCUCAGGAGGAACAAAAGCUUCUACAAUCACUAGACCGUCUCAACCAGAGAUUGCAGAAUGUCCAGGAAGCCAUAGUCAAAUAUCCAACAUCAACAAUGAAUUUUCCAGGGAAAUCUCAACUGAAUCUCCAACAAUCUCCCUCCCACCCUUCUGACACACCAGCGCAUGUGCAGCGAUUUCGCAGUUUGUCAGCUGAUCCACGCAUAAAAAUCCAAAGACGGUACUGAAUCGCCAGCAACAAACACCAGAGUAUUAUCUGCCACUGUAAUACAUCUUAUAUGGACUAUCAGUACUAUGUACUAUAUGCAGUAGAAAACGACAUUUUAUAGCAACAUUUCACAGGAGCGGUGGGGAUUUGCCAGCAUUCUGUCUUACAUUUCACAUAUUUCUCACAUUUGCUUUCAGUUUUUUGUCUCAAUGACUGAAUCUCAUAAAUAUCCUUUCCUUGUAUUACAUAUUUGGUACAUUUAAUUCCUUAAUGAAUUGGACUCAUAGAGAUGAGUAGGAGGAUCUGCCAACUCUUAUAGCAAAUCCUCUUUGGUAACUACAUGUUUAACUUGGGAUUUCUGUGUUUUGCCUACAAUUAAUUAUUGUUAUUUACAGAACUAUUUAUUUUUAUAUUCUGUAGAAUGGGGUGAUGUUAUUAUUAUCUAUGUGAGAGUUGGCAGAUUUCCACAUACAUCACCUUCUGUUGUAGUGUAUUUUGGAAGGUAAUUAAUAUAUGUAAAUAAAAUAAUGAUAUAAUAAUGCACCCUGUGCAUUGGGGGCUGUAGCUGGUCUCACAGCUUAUCACUACUGGUCAGAAUCAGAAGUGCUGAUGUUCUCACGCCUCACUUGAGAUUAUGCAGUGUAAACAUUAUGAGGGAUAUAUAUAUAUAUAUAUAUAU